UGACUUUCCAAGGUCCCGUAUCAAUGUACAGACAAUAAAAACUUGCAAAGUCUGGCACUUCUUCCCUCACUUUGAUCUUCUCCAUACUCCGGCCUAGCCCUUUUCAGCUAGCUGCCUCAAAGCGGAAACUCGUGGCAGUUCCCAUUCGAGGGUGGAAAAAAAUCCCUUGGAAUCGAACUUUAUUGACCGCUUGCUCCACGCGAUCCAAAACCUCAACUCUUCUCCCAGCGCGUUCUUCUUCUUCGUUUCUGCUACAGCGUAUCUUCUUGCGCCAUCUUUCGCAGAAUCGCAAUCAUGGCAGACGACAAGAUGAAAGGAAUGGAGCAUUCCGAAGUUCAUUACUUCAACAGCUACAAUCACCAUGGUAUCCAUGAAGAAAUGUUGAAAGAUGAAGUCCGGACCCGUUCCUACAUGAAUGCCAUUGUGCAGAAUAAGCAUCUGUUCAAGGACAAGAUCGUACUCGACGUCGGUUGCGGUACCUCGAUCCUCUCCAUGUUCGCGGUCAAGGCUGGUGCAAAGCAUGUCAUUGGUGUUGAUAUGUCUACCAUCAUCGACAAGGCACGCGAGAUUGUCGCAGUAAAUGGCAUGUCGGACAAGAUUACUCUGAUCCAGGGCAAGAUGGAGGAGGUUGAGCUACCAUUUCCCAAGGUUGAUAUCAUCAUCUCGGAGUGGAUGGGGUACUUCCUUCUCUAUGAGUCCAUGUUGGAUACCGUGCUGUAUGCGCGCGACAAGUAUCUUGCUCCCAAUGGCUUGAUCUUCCCAGAUAAGGCCACCAUCUUCAUGGCAGGUAUUGAGGAUGGCGAGUACAAGGACGAGAAGAUUGGAUUCUGGGACAAUGUGUACGGGUUCGAUUACUCUCCUCUAAAGCACACCGCGCUCACCGAACCUCUCGUCGACACUGUCGAGAUCAAAGCUGUUGUCACCGACCCAACCGCCGUCCUAACCCUCGACCUCUACACAUGCACAACCGCAGAUCUCGCAUUCUCCUCCCCUUUCGUCCUUGAUUGCCGUCGCGAUGACUUCGUCCACGCCCUGAUCGCAUGGUUCGACAUCGAUUUCACCGCUUGCCAUAAACCCAUCCGCUUCAGCACCGGCCCUCAUACCAAGUAUACGCACUGGAAGCAAACGGUGUUCUACCUCCGCGAAGUUCUGACCGUACAACAAGGAGAGCAGAUCCGUGGUGUGUUGGAGAACAAGCCUAACGAGAAGAAUAAGCGAGAUCUGGACGUGAAGAUCAGCUAUCAGCUUCAAACUGACGAUCCUACACGACAAGCAGAGGGGAGCUGCGAGUAUAAGAUGUGUUGAUAAAGUGUAGAUAUGGUGGAGGUUGUCUGGGGGAAGGGUUCUUUCGCGGCUGAGAGCGCAGACCCGGGACUUUUCUUUUUUUGCAUGUGAUGAUCGGAGAUAUACGAUGGCUGGGUGGAAUGUCCUUGUUUUUCGAGCGAAAGGGAUGGACAUUGUAAUGGUUGGCGUUCUAUGGCAGCAUAGCGUGGCAAGCUAUACAGGGACGUUUCCGUUUCCUUUUACACUAGAAUAUGAGACGAAUGCGAAGAUCAUUUCAAGGCCUG